GGCUGGGAGAGGCACCAGGCAGGGAAGAUGGGCUCUACAGCCUGCCUGUAGAGAGCUCUAAACUCACAGGACCUUCUCAGGCCCCGCCCAGAAGCCCACCAGGGUGAGGAAACAGAGGCUCUGGGAGCUCUUUCCUGAAGCCACUCGCUGUCCGCCGGGCCGGUGGCGUUCACCCCGCACCGCGCUGCCCCGCCCGGGGCACUAUGGCCUGGGGCUGGACUAUGCCUUCCCCACCUCACCCGGCGCCCCCCACCCACUCGCGCUGAGGGUGCGGUGAGCUGAGUGCCGGGCCAAGCAUGUUCCGGCGUCGACCUCGCCCAGGGGCCCAGGAGAUGGCGCCCAAGAGGCUCCCUGGCGACGGCGACUUCCGACGCAGCAGCGACCCGCGGCUGCCCAAGAUGACCCCGCCCGCGCUCCGAGCGGCCCUGGGCGCGCGGGGCUCCGAAAGCUCGAGGAUCCCGGAGGGCGGCGCCGCGUGGUGGCCGGAAGGGGACGCCGAGCCCGGGGUGGGCGUCGGACUCCUCCCGCCGCGCCUGCCCGCCCUGCUCACCGAGACCCGGCGGGCCGUGCGGAAGCGGGGGCUGCUGCGGUCCCUGCUGCUGCCUCUCCUGCUGUCGGCCGGCGCGUCCCGGGAAUCGGCGCCCAGGCAGCCCGGGCCUGGAGAGCGCGAGCACCCCCGGAGGGGCGUGGCCAGGGAGGACCCCGACUUCUUGGGCGCCUUCCUAGGAGAGCUCCUCCCCAGCAGGUUCCGCGAGUUCCUGCACCAGCUCCAGAAGUGCGCCGAGGAGCCGGAGCCACUGACAUCCCCAGCACCGCAACAUCAAAGGGGUGUGUUAGAGCACUGCCCAGGGUCUCCGCGGUGUCCCAGCUGUUCGUUCCUCCCAGACGUGUGGGGCCAGUCAUCGCAACUCCAGGAUAGUCUUACGAAGAUUUCGCUCCAGCAGACACCUACUCUGGGGCCCCUGAAGGGUGAUCACUCACAAUUCACCACUGUCAGAAAGGCCAACCACAGGCCCCACGAUGCACAGGUCCCCAAGCUCAAGGCUGCCCUGGCCCACAACCCCUUGGGGAAAGGCUCUAGGCCCUGCAGGCGGCGUUGCCCUUUCCGGGUGCGAUUCGCUGACGAGACCCUGCAGGACACAACGCUCCGCUACUGGGAGCGCAGAUGCUCAGUCCCCACAGCCUACAGUGGCUGGAGGAGGCCCAGAUGCCAUUGGAUGCAUCUUCCUUCGACAUCCAUGAAGGCAGACCUCGAAGCCUGCCUGAGGAGGUGCCCAGAAAAGCCGGGAAGAGGAAACUUUCUCUCUCCUGGAGACAGUUGGCACUGCCUGGUCCAGCAAGGAAGCUAAGAGCUACCAGACCCUGGAUGUAAUGGUGUCCGUUUUGCAGUUCCCACCUCUUCUCAGGAUCCAGCAGCCCCCAGGGCCCCCAACAGUCAACGUCCUCUAGCUGUUUAUUGAGCACCUACUAUGUGCAGUUUCAGGAAAUGUCUGCCUCAAGGUCUAGCUGUAGGCGAUGCCCUGCAAACCUAGGACCUUCGCUGAUUUGGGAGGGAUCUGAUGCAAUCCCCUUAGCAUCACAGGAAGCCGGAGUUAGAAGCUGUGAUUUUUGCCCAACUUCUGUGUGUUUGGUGGGGAAACCAAGGCCCCAGAAGCAGAAUGGGCUUGUGUGGGUGACACAGAGCCACAAAUAGAAGCCAGAGUGCCCCCGGGCCCCUCCUGGGAUUCCAAGGCCAGGACAAGCCCAGGAGAAACAAUUUCACGUGAAUAGCAGUUGGUGCAUACAGGAGAUGAUUCCGUGUCAGCCACUGGCCAUAACGAGCUAUCAUG